CGAUUCCUGAAGUGGGUGGAUGAGUAAUGCAUCCAGGAAGCCUGGAGGCUGUGAUUUCCGCGCCAACUCCGCCCCUUGCAUGGACAUUUAUUCUUCACCGCUCAGUCCCUGCCGCCAUCGUCGCAGAGAUCGGGCUUCUAGAGAGACACUAAAGAUACCACUAUGGCCCCCUUUGCAUCUCUGCUCUCUGGCAUCCUUUUGUUGCUAUCACUGAUAGCCUCCAGUAAGGCCUGUAGUUGUGCCCCACUCCACCCACAGACAGCCUUCUGCAACUCGGACCUAGUCAUAAGGGCUAAAUUCAUGGGGUCCCCAGAAAUCAACAUGAGCACCUUAUACCAGCGUUAUGAGAUCAAGAUGACCAAGAUGCUCAAAGGAUUCGAUGCUGUGGGGAAUGCUGCAAAUUUCCGGUUCGCCUACACCCCGGCCCUGGAGAGCCUCUGCGGAUACGUCCACAAAUCCCAAAACCUCAGCGAGGAGUUUCUCAUCACGGGACGCCUAAGGAACGGGAAUUUGCACAUCAGUGCCUGUAGCUUCUUGGUUCCCUGGCGUAGCCUGAAACCUGCUCAGCAAAAGGCCUUCUCGAAGACCUAUAGUGCUGGCUGUGGGGUUUGCACAGUGUUUCCCUGUUCAACCAUCCCUUGCAAACUGGAGAGUGACACUCAAUGUUUGUGGACAGAUCAGAUCCUCAGGGGCUCUGAGGACUACCAGAGCCGUAACUUUGCCUGCCUGCCCCAGAAUCCAGGGUUAUGUACCUGGCAAUCUCUGGGGGCCUAGAUGACUCAAAGUCUACCCCCCAGUGGAAGCUGAAGCCUGCACACUGUUCACCUUUCCUCCAUCUUUCUUUCUCGUAAAUGGUGAAAUAAAGAACUAUCACACAGCA